AUGGUAAGCAAAAUCAGAUUCCUAGUGAUUGCAUUUGCUGUGAUAACAGUUGUUGGAGCGGCUACUUUGCCGGCCGACUAUCUGCCACCAGUUGUGGAUAACAUUUUGCCUGUACAGGAAUAUUUAGCACCAGCCAAAGAAGUAGCUGAAGACCAAACAGUAGUGGGUGAUGAUGGAUAUCGUUAUAAGGCUGUAUAUCGGCUCAAACUUCGCCAUCGCCGUGAUGUAAACGAACUUCCUCAAAAUGAAUAUCUACCACCCGCUGAAGAGGCUAAAGAAAGUGUGGCUAUUGAAACCGCGGAGCCCAGUGAUGAAGUUAAAACUGACUUAGCUGAUGAUGGUUAUCGUUACAAAGUUGUUCGUCGCUUGAAAUACCGUAAGCGUCGGGAUGCUGAUGAGCUCCCACAGAACGAAUAUCUCCCACCUAACGAAGUAGCUCAAGAAGCGGAAGUUGCAGAAGCUGCUGAAUCCGUUGUCACAGAAGCUGCUGAACCCACUGCUGAGGAGCAAACCGAAUUAGCUGGUGAUGGUUACCGAUACAAAGUGGUUCGUCGCUUGAAAUACCGUAAGCGCCGUGAUGUUGAUGAACUCCCACAGAAUGAAUAUCUUCCACCUAACGAAGAAGCCCAAGAAACCGCGGUCGCAGUAGCUGAUGAACCCGCUGCUGAGGAGCAAACUGUGUUGGCUGAUGAUGGUUACCGUUAUAAAGUUGUUCGUCGCCUGAAAUACCGUAAGCGCCGCGACGUUGAUGAACUCCCACAAAACGAAUAUCUCCCACCUAACGAGGAAGCCCAUGAAGCGGAAGUUACAGAAGCUGCUGAAACCGCUGUCGAAUCCGCUGCUGAGGAGCAAACUUUGUUGGCUGAUGAUGGUUACCGUUACAAAGUUGUUCGUCGCCUGAAAUACCGUAAGCGCCGUGACGUUAAUGAACUCCCACAAAACGAAUAUCUCCCACCUACCGAGGAAGCCCAAGAAACCCCUGUCGCAGUAGCUGAUGAACCCGCAGCUGAGGAACAAACCGAACUAGCUGAUGAUGGAUACCGUUACAAAGUGGUUCGUCGCCUGAAAUACCGUAAGCGUCGCGACGUUAAUGAACUCCCACAGAACGAAUAUCUCCCACCUACCGAGGAAGCUCAAGAAGCGGAAGUUGCAGAAGCUGCUGAAGCCGCUACCGAAUCUGCUGCCGAAGAACAGACCGAAUUAGCUGAUGAUGGUUACCGUUACAAAGUGGUUCGUCGCUUGAAGUACCGUAAGCGUCGUGAUGUUAAUGAACUCCCACAGAACGAAUAUCUCCCACCUACCGAGGAAGCUCAAGAAGCGGCAGUUGCAGAAGCUGCUGAAGCCGCUACCGAAUCUGCUGCCGAAGAACAGACCGAAUUAGCUGAUGAUGGUUACCGUUACAAAGUGGUUCGCCGCUUGAAGUACCGUAAGCGUCGUGAUGUUAAUGAACUCCCACAGAACGAAUAUCUCCCACCUACCGAGGAAGCUCAAGAAGCGGAAGUUGCAGAAGCUGCUGAAGCCGCUACCGAAUCUGCUGCCGAAGAACAGACCGAAUUAGCUGAUGAUGGUUACCGUUACAAAGUGGUUCGUCGCUUGAAGUACCGUAAGCGCCGUGAUGUUAAUGAACUCCCACAGAACGAAUAUCUCCCACCUAACGAAGAAGCCCAAGAAGCGGAAGUUGCAGAAGCAGCUGAAGCCGUUGAAGCCGCUACCGAAUCUGCUGCCGAAGAACAGACCGAAUUAGCUGAUGAUGGUUACCGUUACAAAGUGGUUCGUCGCUUGAAGUACCGUAAGCGUCGUGAUAUUAAUGAACUCCCACAGAACGAAUAUCUCCCACCUACCGAGGAAGCUCAAGAAGCGGAAGUUGCAGAAGCUGCUGAAACCGCUACCAAAUCUGCUGCCGAGGAACAGACCGAAUUAGCUGAUGAUGGUUACCGUUACAAAGUUGUUCGUCGCUUGAAGUACCGUAAGCGUCGUGAUGUUGAUGAGCUCCCACAAAACGAAUAUCUCCCACCUAACGAAGAAGCUCAAGAAGCGGAAGUUGCAGAAGCUGCUAAAACCGCUACUGAAUCUGCUGCCGAAGAACAGACUGAAUUAGCUGAUGAUGGUUAUCGCUACAAAGUUGUUCGUCGCUUGAAAUACCGUAAGCGCCGUUAUGUUGAUGAACUCCCACAGAACGAAUAUCUCCCACCUAGUGAGACAAUUCAAGAAACAGCUAUUGCUGAAGUCACAGAGACCGUACCAGAAGAUGCUUCCAUUUUGGCUAAUGACGGUUACCGCUACAAAACAGUGCGUCGAUUAAAAUAUCGUCAGCGACGUGAUGUGAGUGAACUCCCCGGUAGUGAGUAUUUACCACCAACGGAGGAAGGUCAAGCGGUGGCGGAGCAACAACCUGAAGAGGAAACGGCUGUGCUCGCUGACGAUGGCUAUCGAUACAAAUCCGUGUAUCGCCGUCAUUAGGGAAAUAAUCUCAUGUCAUCUUAAGAUAGGAAAUUCGUAAAAGCUAUUAUUCAUGUACAUAUAUACAGGCACAGGUAUUCACAUUAGAUUUGAAGGAAAGAAUGGAAAAACGAAAAAACAUAAAAGCAUAAAAAUUAAAUACAU